AUGCGCGUGCUCUUCCUCUUGCUCGCCGCGCGCUCGGGAGCCGGAGUGGCGGGGUCGGAGCUGCUGCAACGGUGCGAGUGGCCGCGAGGGGUGGUGCUGGGGCUCUCCAGAGAACGAGGCCACGGCGCGGCGCUCGCGGCGGCGGACGGGGCAGCUCCAAUUGUUGGCGAGGCUCAACAGCAGCUUCAAGCAGUGCAGUGCAACGCCAGCUACCUCUCCAGAGCUGCGCGGCGGCUGGCGGGCCUGUGGGAAGAUGCCGGGCCGCGUGCUCGGAGCGCGCAGUCGGCCCGCGCCUGCCAGCGGCCGAGUCAGUCUGGCUGGCGAUAA